AUGUUAUUGUUCCUUAGUUUCUCUAUAUGGUCGGAAAACAACGCGCAACAGGUUUCAAACAAUAAUUUAUGUCUGUUGCAGAAAUUUAAAUUCGCAGUUUCCAUGGGGUUCGAUCCAGACACUGACUUGGUUAAAGUUGGAAUUGCAAAUCAAACUAUGAUGCUCAAGAGCGAAACUGAAGAGAUUGUGAACCAAACAAUGUGUGACACAACGCAAUUGGCUGGUUUGUCUGCUGGCGCUAUUGUGUGUGCUGUAAUUGCCUCUGGAGCUAAUAUGCAAGAGCCUUUGAAAGCUACCAAAAUAUUGGCUCAAGAUUGCCGGCUGAGAGGAACUGCAUUUCAGCUAGGGGCUGUUCUAAGAGAUGUUCUCGACAAGUUUCUGCCAGAUGACGUGCAUACUCGAUCCAAUGGGAGGGCUCGUGGUGAGAUUAAUUUUCUCUCCCUCCCCGUAUUCAUAGUUGAAUCGUGAUACAAAAUGUUUUCUUCAAGUGAUCAGAGUGGGUUACCCUAGUGAAUUGAGAAUGUGUGUGCUAUGCACAAAAAAAGGGAAAUCAGUGUUGUAGAAUUAAGUUUGAACUUGAAAACUAUCCGAUUCGCAUGUGACCUUGAGGGUCCAUUUGGAAUGGAGGUGUGAAAAGAAAAUAAGUGUUUUUGGUAUUUCACUAUUUCUUGCCAAAUCUCACCACAUUUGGUAGAAGUGUUUUAUGCACAUAUG